UUUCUGCCCGCUUGCGCGAUGUCAUCGAGAGAGAAGUUUAAUCAUUGAAUUGUUACACUCCACGCUCUACGCUUUACGCUCCAUUCGGACGAAGUUAAGAUUGAUUAAGGGAGAAGGAUUUAGCUACACGGUUUACGUAGAUCGAAAAAAAGAGAAAUUGCAAAGAUGCCGCAGGAUAUGCCGCCCGUGGGGGGGUACGAGGCCGUGCAGUAUAAGGUAUGUGGGAUUCUUUUUUCUUUAAGUUCUAGGGUUUGGAUUUCGGGCCUGGUCUUUUUAUGGGAGGUGGAAGCUUGCGGGAUGGGAUGAUGGGUUUUGGAAGGGCAUUGGGAGGGGGGCGCGGGGUUGGGGUUGAGGGAGAGGUAUUGGGAUGUGGUAGAGGAAUUGAGGAAGGAUGGAGGGGAGGUGAUCAAGGAGUGAUUGGUAUGAUUGGGUGACUCAGAUGGUUGGAUGGUUGAAAUUGGAGAUUAAUGGAGAUGAGCACGAACAUGACGAAGACGAGGAUGAGGACAGGAUUAAAACGACGACGAAGUGCAAAAUAAGGAGGGAUGAAAAUUACAUGAUCAAGGACGAGAGAAUUGCAAAGCGGCUUUGGGGGGAUGGCGGGAUGGCGGGAUGUGCUACAAAUGUGCUGUGUUUGGUAGAGAAUAUGGUAUGAACGGACCGAUGACGAGCGGAGAAUGGAAUGGAAAGAACAAAACAAAUAAGAUGGGAUCGAAUCUCUCUAACGGUAUAUGGCCAAGGGACAAGAUACGAUAGCGUUUGCAAAUAUGUGGUGCGGUGGAGGGAUGGACGGUAUGGUUUGAGCGUCAUUCAACAGGCCUGCAGGAUUUUUCGAGAGACGACACACGACCAGUAAUAUCGAUACACACACUACGGCGCCCUUUUCACCUCGUCAUCUUCCUCCUCGUUCUCCAAUGGACACAGCUUCGGCGCAGCUUUCACUAACACCAUUUAGAUACUCAGAUUGUUAGAUAGACCGAUAAAUAGAUAUUUAUAUAGUUAGAUAGUCAAGUAAUGGGUUACAUCGGAUGGAAAGAUGGGCAGAUGGAAAGGGAAACGCAAAAGAACUGGAAAAGAGCACAAAGCUAACAUUUUAUUUUUGAAAAUUAUAGAGAAAUCUUCCAGCACGCGGUUUCAGACCCUCGGUUAUGCUUCUGGCUAUGGCUGGAAUCAUGACUUAUGGAUUUUGGAAGGUUGGAAAGGGAAUUCGUGAACAGAAGUGUGUUUUUUAUUUCUUCUUUUUGUGGUUUUAGAUUUACUCUACACUCUCUAUUGAGUUUUAUGCUGUUGAGUUCUUGAGAAAGAUCUCAAGCCGAUUUUUGGUGGUUUUGCUAUUAUACAAAAUUGCUCGGAUAUGCUAUGUGAAGGAUUUGGAUGAUACACGGCUUCACGUUCAUAUAUCAAGAGAGGAAACAUUGCUGAUUAAUUUGCUAACUAAAUGAAUAGUGAACUUGCCCGUGAAAAAAUGUGGUCUAGAAUUCAUCUCAUUCCACUUUUGACAGCAGAAACCGAUCGUGAUUUGGUUAGAAGACAUUGGGCGGAUUUGAAGAGAGAAAAGGAAUUAUUGGGUAGUGAGACUAGUCCUUAUAAUAGCGAUAGGUAUGUUUUUACUUUGUUUUAUUUUCCAUUAUGGGGUUAGGGGAAAGGAAAUGGGUGAGAAGGGUUAAAUGAGAUGAGGAAGUUUGAAGUGGACGAAGGAAUGAGAAUAAUUCUAAUCACUUUGAUAAUAUAGAUUUGUCAGACCUACAUUCGCUGUUACCCCUUUGCAAGUCACCAAGGAUUAAAUUGAUGCUUGGGAUUUUGAUGCCGGAAGGUGUUGGAGAGGCUACAUGUAGUGGGGUGUGGGAUGAAUUGAGUUGAUCUGAGCUAUCAUUUCAAUCUUUCAAUUGUGAUUUGAGUGAUGGAAAAGGCUGAGUGGAAUGGCGAAUGAGGUGGGAUGGGAUAUGAUGGAUGUGACGUUGGUGAUGUUGGUGAUGUAGAUAGGUGACUGAUGGGAACGGAGAGUAGAUGGAUGGAUGGAUGAAAGGGCGCAGGGAAAAGAAAUUGAUAAAUUAAAGUUACAAAUAAAUCGCUGGUUUUGCUGCUUGAUAUUGAUAUUGAUACUAAAGC